GUCCCACUAUUCGUUUCUCAACAUUUCAAGUGUUCGGUCGCUUGCGCGCAUUUUGAGCGGAAAACCAGUGUCCAAUAAGACAAUAAGAUAAAACCCGGCAAUACAAGUGCACCUUGCAACUGUUUUUUUUAAAGUCAAAAAGGACUCAAGGCCACGUCUCGCCUAAAGUUUACAUAAAAAAUUGUGCAGAGUGUGCGUUGUUCCUGGCGCAUCCGUCGUUUCAUUGUAUUCGUGUGUGUAUCCCGACGUUACUUUUGCUGUCCUUUUUGCGUGGGUGUGCCAAAAAGGAGAAGAGAGAGACAGAACGAGAGAAAGAUAAACAGUAAAAUUCCAGCACAUAAAAGCGAGUCAAUAAAGGCCGACAACAUGUCCGUUUCCUCGAACGCCUCUUCUGCCUCCAACAAGGACAGUGUGGACAGCCCGAGCAGCACCACAAACACGGACAGCUCCGAGCUGACACACAUCCUAAACCGGCGACAGGAGAUUAUGGACUCCCAGGAGGCGGGCAUCGAGAUCCCACGCACCUUUAAGGUGGUCAACGUCUACACCGAGUUCCACGAGUUCUCUAGGAAGCAGAUUAAGGACUACCAGAAGACCUUUAACACUUACGAUACGGCUCGCGAUGGUUUCUUGGAUCUGCAGGAGCUGAAGUACAUGAUGGAGAAACUAGGUGCACCGCAGACCCAUUUGGGCCUCAAGCAGAUGAUCGCCGAGGUGGACGAGGAUCAUGACGGCAAGAUCUCGUUCCGGGAGUUCCUGCUGAUCUUCAGGAAGGCUCAGGCCGGCGAACUGGACUCGGACUCUGGGCUGAAUCAGCUGGCUCGGCUAACCGAGAUCGAUGUGGAGCAGGUGGGCGUGAGCGGUGCAAAGAACUUCUUCGAGGCAAAGAUCGAGCAGCAGCUGAGGACGAACAAGUUUCAUGAUGAGAUCCGGGCAGAGCAGGAGGAUCGCCGGCGGGAGGAGGAGGAGCGAGCCCAGCGACGCCAGCAGUUCCAACAGCGGGCGGCGAUCUUCCAGUAGAGGAUCCCUAUACUCACCCGUAGUCUAGCGCGUAAUUAUCCGGCGUAGGUUAAUCGAAUGUGGAACUAAUCCCGGGAGAAGAGGAUAAGCUUCGUACAAGCAGCAGGCAUUUUUCAAGCAUCACAUACAGUAAUAAUCUCCAUACAUACUUAUCGUCCCAUAUAUAAACUCGAUUUGCUGGCUUAAGCAUCUUAGGAAUUGAAUGUUAUUUUUGGACAAGAGCAAUUGAUAGAAAUUGUAUUUCAAUCACCUAGAACAUAACUCAACAAUUAUCCAAAUGUAACGUUGAGUUUCUAAAGCAUAUUUUUCUAAUCCAUUCAAAUCGAGACACUCACAUAAACAUACAUACGUACAUAAAUAACGAUCAUACCAAAAGCGUAUUUAUAGUUACCCUUAGUUAAGUGAAAAAUGUUUUAGUUUUAAGAUCUAUUUUAUUGUUUGGUGUUGCGCAAAAUGUCUUUUGUUAAAUUACGUUUACCCUUGACGGUUGCCCAAAUUUUAUGUUUUUACUUUUUCAUUUUGUACUUGUAGUGCCAUUUUUUAUUUUCUUCGUUUUAAUUUUUGUUAAAUAAAAUCGAUAAUUAUGUUAAGCAAAUCCGUUUUUGAAAUUCAACCUUUUUUGUACAUACUAAACAUACGUUGGCAGUCAAUCUUAGUUUCAGUUGUAUCAAGAUGGAAUAUUUGGGAUAUGCAAUUAAGUUUCGAGUUCAGUAUUUCACGUUUAAAGUUAGCAAUUAAAGCAAUACUAAUGCGAAUACACAAGAAAGUACACGUACUUUUAGAGAGCGUUUAAUACAAACUUAUACUGCAAUUUAAAUAAAUAAAUGUAUAUAAUACAAAAUCA